CAGAGGCCCCGGGCCCCUCCACCGCAGUUCAGACCCCCCACCCAGAGGCCCCGGGCCCCUCCACCGCAGGACAGACCCCCUACCCAGAGGCCCCGGGCCCCUCCACCGCAGAAAAGAGCCCCCACUCAGAGGCCCCGGGCCCCUCCACCGCAGUUCAGACCCCCCACCCAGAGGCCCCGGGCCCCUCCACCGCAGGACCGCCCCCUCAGCCUGGUUCUUCAGCAGCAGGACGGACCCCUCUCCCUGGAGACGUGGACCGUGUGUUCCUCGGUGAGCCGGUAGAAGACUCCUCUGUGGCAGCUCCACCUUCGUCUUCUCUGCUCUUCUCUUCAGAGACCUCCUCCUUCCACAGCCCCGUCCUCCCCAGGGUGGACCCCCCCAGAGUGGACUACAGGGUAGACCCCCCCAGGGCAGACCUCAGUGGGGGGUACAGAGUGGACCCCCCCAGGGUAGAGCCCCCCAGAGUGGACCCCCCCAGGGUGGGGGCCCCCCAGACCCCGGGGAGCAGCCUUGCUAGUGGAGGGUUCCCCCAUGGAGACCCCUACGGCAGGUAGUGGAUCUGGGUGCCGCCUCGCCACUCCAAGCCUUACUUCCUAGAAGACUGUUGCUGCUUUGAUUUUCCCCCCAUCCCCAUCCCCCCGGGACCGCCCGGCCUGACGACGCAUUCCACAUUAAACAUCUUCUACCUGGAUGGAGUCCUGCUCUCUCUGGUCCCUCCCUGCACCAGGGGCCAGAGACCUGGACGGCCUGUGCUGCAGUCUGUGCACUGGUCCAACAGCGAUCGGAACCCUCUAGGUCUUCAUCCUGCACCACCGUGUCCUUCCUGAGACCUUUCUACAGACCUGGUCCAGGACCUGAUCUGGAACGUGCUUUAUGGACUGCAUUUAGAAUCAUGUGGUCGGCGCCAGAGAACGACAUCAACACCUCCACCCUGGCCUGCUCCUGCUCCUGCUCCAAUAGCUCGUGCCCCUGCUCCUACAGCACCACCCAGACGGCCUCCAUCGUCACGGCGACCGCCUCCCUCAGCCUGCUGACGGUGCUGGGCAACGCCCUGGUGCUGCUCUCCGUCGCCCUCCACCACCGCCUGCGGACCGUCCACAACUACCUGGUGCUCAGCCUGGCGGCAGCAGACCUGAUGGUGGGCGUGGCCUCGGUGCCGUUGGCCGGCGUGUACCUGGUGGGGGGCCGCUGGCCGCUGGGCCCCCUGCUGUGCGACCUGUGGCUGCUGCUGGACUACGUGGCGAGCAAUGCCUCGGUGCUCAGCCUGCUGCUCAUCUGCCUGGACCGCUACUUCUGCGUGACGCGCCCACUCAGCUACCCCGCCCGGCGCAGCGGGGCCGGGGCCGGCCUGAUGGUGGCCGGCGCCUGGAUGCUGUCCCUCCUGCUGUGGGCUCCGCCCAUCCUGUGCUGGCAGACGCUGGCGGCACGGCGGCCCGUCCCGGCUGGCCGCUGCUACAUCCAGGUGCUGGCCAGCGCCCCGCUCACCCUGGGCACCGCGCUGCUCUCCUUCUACCUGCCCGCCGUCGUCAUGGCGACGCUGUACGGCCGCAUCGCCGCCGCCAGCCGCAGCCGCCUCCCUGUGAGGCCCCGCCCCCGGGCCGCCGCCCGGCCGGGCCCCCACCUCCAGGGGGGCUUGGCCUCGGGGGUCUCCCAGACCAAGACCCCCUCGGAGGGACCGAGCCACGCGGACUGGAGACCCCAGGAGGACGGAAGCUCCUCCUCUCUACGCCGGCCCCCGCGGGACCCGGGCUCUGACACCCCUCCCUGGAGGCCAGGCCUGUCCCGGAGCUGCUCGACGCUGGCGCGCUGGCGGGGGAGGAGCCGGGAGCGGAGGGUGACCCACGCGGUGCUGGCCGUCCUGCUGGUGUUCAUCGCCACCUGGCUGCCCUACAACGUGCUGGCUGUGGUGGGCUCCCUCUGCCGGGUGUGUGUCCCCGAUGCCCUCUGGGCCGCCGGCUACUGGCUCUGCUACGUCAACAGCGCCAUUAACCCCGCCCUCUAUGCCCUGUUCAACGGAGCCUUCAGGAGCAGCUUCCUCCACCUUCUGCGCUGCAGCCGCGCGCCACCCUGAGGAGGAGGAGGAGG